GUUUUGACUUUGCAAGACACGAGAUGGGUUUUCGCUGAACUUCGGUGUUAUAAAGCAGUUAUAAGUUUUAUUUAUAAUCAAUGACGGGUUUAUGCCCCCGUGAGAGAUUCUCAGGAGAAGAGCUUUGGAUUGUUUUAGACUGAUCAGUCAUGCUUAUGUGUAGAAGGUGGUUGGUGUGCUCGAUGAGGGCUCAUUAUAGGAGCUUCAGUUUCUCAGCCUCCCUCAGGAAUGUAAUGCCCGCAUGGGUCAUCGACAGAUAUGGGAAAAACGAGGUGUUGAGGUUCACCAAGAACGCGGCGCUUCCGAUCAUCCAGUAUCCCAAUGAAGUGACCGUGAAGGUGCACGCUGCGGGUUUAAACCCCAUCGACAUCAGUAUGAGGGGUGGUUAUGGAGCAGCUACUAUGGCCAUGAAACGUGACCCACUGAACAUGAAGCAGUCAGGCAGUGAGUUUCCUCUAAUCCUGGGGCGAGAUGUAUCCGGAGAGAUCAUGGAAUGUGGGCUAGAUGUGAACUACUUUAAACCAGGAGAUCAGGUGUGGGCCGCUAUCCCUCCGUGGAAGCAGGGCAGCCUGGCAGAGUUUGUAGUUCUCAGUGCUAAUGAGGUGUCGCAUAAGCCCAAAUCACUGAGGCAUGUUGAAGCUGCAUCCAUCCCGUAUGUGGCUGCAACAGCCUGGUCCGCCAUCGUCAAUACUGGUGGCCUGAACAAAGACAACUCUUCUAAGAAACGUGUUCUUGUCCUGGGAGGAUCAGGAGGAGUGGGAACCUUAGCUAUACAGAUGGUAAAGGCCUGGGGCGUCCAUGUGACUGUAACAUGUUCCCAGAAUGCCGAGCAGCUGGUGAGAGAUCUGGGUGCUGAUGAUGUUGUGGACUACACUGCUGGACCGGUCGAAAACAAACUACAGACAUUACAAAAGUUUGAUUUGAUUUUAGAUAAUAUUGGGGGUGAAAGUGAGAAAUGGGCACUAGAUCUUCUGAAACCCUGGAAUGGUGCUAAAUAUGUUACUCUAGUAACACCAUUCCUGCAUAACACAGACCUACUGGGCCUCGCAGAUGGAAUGAUGCAGUCUGGAGUCACCAUAGGAUGCAAAGUGCUGAAGCACCUCAGGAAAGGAGUGCACUAUCGCUGGGGUUUCUUUGCUCCAAGCGGCCCUACGCUGGACGAGAUUAGCGAAAUGGUUGAUGCUGGAAAGGUCCGUCCCGUGGUGGAGGAAGUGUUCUCAUUUGCUCAGGUGCCUCAAGGCUUUCAGAAAGUAGAGCAGGGUCAUGCUCGUGGCAAAACUGUAGUCUCCAUCAUUGAGGACGAAAAAGAAUAACUAUGGCAACCAAAAAAUUUACUUAUGCUGGGACUUUUUUCAGUGUCUGUUGAAUUAAAAACAUUUAUCUAAUGGCUAGUGUCUUUAUUUUGCAGUAUAAAAUUAGCAGACAAGCCCUGUUCAUUAUUUCAAAUCAUAUUCGUAACAACUUGAAAAGUCAUAACAAACAAACAAAAAAUGUUUUAUUCUUAAUGUAACAGUAUAUUUUGGAAAUAUGGGCAUGAAAAUAUAAAAACACUAAAACAGAUUACUAAACACGUCAGAAAAUGUACACAAACAUACACACAACAACUACUAAAAAAUCUUUAUAAAAGAAAACGGAGAGACAGAAAAAGCUCUGAUCAAGAAUAAGCCACCUUUCAAAUUUAUGUGAGUUUGUGAGCAGGAGUGAAUUGAUGCCAGAUCAGCACAGCUAGGAGUAAAUGUUUAUAUAAAAUUCUAAUAUGUGCAAUAGUGCUUUUUAUACUUAUUUUGCAGAAUAAUCUGACAUACUAAAAAAAAAAAAAAAACUUUGUACAGCAACUUUACAAUUGUAUGAGUCAACGAGUUCCCACAUUUUGUUUUCAGUGAGUUUGAAUGGCAAUAAAUGCUGCCUUACAUUCAGAGAGGUCUGUAAUACCUGUUUGUAUUCUCAUUCAUCUGAACAGCAGUUGCUCAUCUGGUGCAGGAAGCCUUGGAAGUAUGCCAUUUAAAAUGUGCAGUUUUUGCUCACGGGCGCUUAGCUCUGAUCCACUGAGCCAUUAAUGUGAUUAAUUACUCUGGAGCCACAAGAAAAUAAUGUCAUGACUGCUGGCACCACAAGAACAAGCCCUUUACUAGUGACCAUCCUGAGAUUUGACAUGAAAG